GUGGGCAUUGUUGUAAAACAGAAGGACAAUAAAAGAAUAGACUGGCGGAUAAUAGAGCAUCAGAAGGGGCAUCAGGGAAUCUCUUUAUUGGAUCUGAGCGGCUCUGUCCUUGUGCAUGUGGCACUAUAUGAGAGCCGUGUGUCGGCUGAACUACUAAUUUCGCAGCGAACGGUCCAAGCAGACAGAGGAGACAUGAUUCGGAGACGGAGUCCAAGUUUUGCGCUGCUGUCCGUUCAUGUGCUUUUGCUGUGCCUGUGGAUGAGGGUAUGUGAGGCAUCGGGACAUUUCGAGUUGCAGGUCUUGUCAAUGCAGAAUGUGAACGGAGAGCUGCAGAACGGCGCGUGCUGUGACGGCGCGAGGAACGCGGCGGACCGCAGAUGCAUCGCGGAUGAGUGCGAUACGUUUUUCCGAGUGUGUUUGAAGGAGUAUCAGUCACGGGUGUUCUCGGGAGGCCCGUGUAGCUACGGAAGCGGAUCUACUCCCGUUAUCGGUGGGAAUAAUUUUUCUGUCAAACCGCUGGGCGACACGAACGAUAAAUCGAGGAUUGUGCUGCCCUUCAGCUUCGCGUGGCCGAGGUCCUAUACAUUGAUUGUGGAGGCCUUGGACUUCAAUAAUGACUCAAGCACUGGCAGUGUUAAUGGACAAGUAAUAGAGAAAGCAGUUCAGUCCGGCAUGAUCAACCCAAACCGUCAAUGGCAGGCUUUGAAACACAACGGCCCCGUGGCUCAGUUCCAGUACCAGAUUCGGGUCACCUGCGAUGAACACUACUUUGGCUUCGGCUGUAAUAAGUUCUGUCGGCCCAGAGAUGACUUCUUCGGACACUAUACCUGUGAUCACAACGGCAACAAGACCUGUCUGGAGGGCUGGGCUGGACCAGAAUGCAACACAGCAAUCUGUAAGCAAGGCUGCAGCACUGAACACGGCUCCUGUAAAGUGCCUGGAGACUGCAGGUGUUUGUAUGGGUGGCAGGGAGAGUACUGUGAUCAGUGUAUUCCUCACCCUGGCUGUGUUCACGGCACCUGUGUUGAACCCUGGCAAUGCCUGUGUGACACCAACUGGGGAGGACAGCUCUGUGACAAAGACUUAAACACCUGUCGCACACGACAGCCCUGUCUUAAUGGAGGCACAUGUAGUAACACUGGACCGGACAAAUACCACUGCGCUUGUCCUGAUGGCUACUCUGGACAGAACUGUGAGAGAGCGGAUAACGCCUGUCUGUCUGAGCCGUGUUUGAACGGAGGCAGUUGUACAGAGUCCAGUCAGGGAUUUGAGUGUCAGUGUGCGCCUGGCUGGACCGGACCAUCCUGCAGUAUCAAUGAAGAUGACUGCAGUCCAAACCCAUGUAAUCACAGCGGUCUGUGUGUGGACCUGGUGGAUGGAUUUAAAUGCAUCUGCCCGGCUCAAUGGACUGGAAAGACCUGUCUCAUUGAUGCUAACGAAUGUGAGGAAAGCCCCUGCAUCAAUGCCCACUCCUGCCGAAAUCUGAUUGGUGGGUACUUCUGCGAGUGCCUCCCUGGUUGGACGGGACAGAAUUGUGACAUCAAUCUCAACGACUGCCAUGGCCAGUGUCUUAACGGAGCACUGUGUAAGGAUCUGGUAAAUGGAUACAGGUGUCUAUGUGCGCCAGGCUUUGCAGGUGAACACUGCGAGAGAGAUGUGGACGAGUGCGCAAGUCGACCCUGCCUAAAUGGCGGACGCUGCCAAGACAGUGUCAACGGAUUCCAGUGUCUCUGUCCACCUGGAUUCUCAGGUGUUCUGUGUCAGCUGGACAUAGACUACUGUGAGAGUGGCCCAUGUCAGAAUGGAGCACAGUGUUUUAGUUUGGCCUCAGAUUACUACUGUAAAUGUCCCGAAGAUUACGAGGGCAAAAACUGUUCCCAACUCAAAGACCACUGCCUCACCACACCCUGCCAAGUGAUUGACAGCUGCACGGUUGCCGUGGCAUCUAACACUACUCCAGGCGGCAUGCGACUCAUCUCCUCUAAUGUGUGCGGUCCUCACGGACGUUGCCGAAGUCAUGCCGGAGGACAUUUUAGCUGCGAAUGUCAGGAGGGAUUUACUGGAACGUACUGCCAUGAGAACAUCAAUGAUUGUGAAAGCAGUCCUUGUCGUAAUGGCGGUACUUGUAUUGAUAAAAUCAGUGUGUAUCAGUGUAUCUGUGCUCAUGGAUGGGAGGGACCCAACUGUGAGACCAACAUUGACGACUGCAGCAUGAACCCGUGUCUUGAUCGAGGCGUGUGUCGUGAUCUGGUGAACGACUUUUACUGCGAGUGCAAAAACGGCUGGAAGGGAAAGACAUGUCACUCACGCGAGAGCCAAUGUGAUGAGGCGACUUGUAACAACGGGGGCACAUGUUCUGACGAAGGCGAUUCGUUUAAAUGCAUGUGUGCCCCGGGAUGGGAAGGGACUACCUGUAAUAUAGCUAAGAACAGCACCUGCCUGCCGAACCCUUGUGAAAACGGAGCCACGUGUGUCGUACGAGAUGACAGCUUCACCUGUGUCUGCAAAGAAGGCUGGGAGGGGCUCACCUGCAGCCAGAAUUCCAAUGAUUGCAACCCACAGCCAUGCUAUAACAGUGGUACGUGUGUUGACGGUGAUAACUGGUACCGAUGUGAGUGUGCCAGUGGAUUCGCAGGGCCGGACUGUCGCAUCAACAUUAAUGAGUGCCAGUCGUCGCCCUGUGCAUUCGGAUCCACAUGUGUCGAUGAAAUUAAUGGCUACCGCUGCCUGUGUCCACCUGGCAGAACUGGGCCCAGAUGCCAGGAAGUUACAGGACGUCCUUGUGUGGUCGGAGGUCAGAUUGCUGGAGAUGGAGCAAAGUGGACUGACGACUGCAACACCUGUUACUGUCACAAAGGGAUUGUCACCUGUACUAAGCUGUGGUGUGGCCCUAAACCUUGCCGUAUUCUUGGCUCCGGGCGAGGUGACUGCCCACUGGGUCAGUUGUGUGUACCAGUACGUGACGAGCAGUGUUUCGUGAAGCCCUGUUCAUCACUGGGUGAGUGCUGGUCUGCUCACCUCCCAGCCAUACGGGCACGGUGCCACCCAGAUAGCGAUUGUGCCAACGUCACCUUCACAUUCAAUAAGGACACUAUGCCACAAGGAGUAACAGUUGAGCAGGUGUGUCGUGAGUUGAGGCAUCUGUAUGUGGCUAAGAACGUUUCGGCUGAGGUUUCCAUCUCUGUGAGCUGUCAGCUCUCUUCUGCCGCCAGUAACGAGAUCCAUGUGGCUGUCCAUGUAACAGAGGAUGGCGUGCAUGGCCGUGUGCCUGUUAAAGAGAUCACUGAGAGAAUCAUCGAUCUGGUGAGCAAACACAGCGCUAACAGCAGUAUCAUCGGCUCCAUUGCUGAGGUCCGUGUGCAACGCAGACAACCACAGAACCCCAGCGUAGACUACUUGGUGCCACUGCUGGUUUCCAUAGUGACCGCGAUCUGGGUUUUGGCCCUGGCAUCGGUGUUCCUGUGGUGCAUUCGCCAUCGACGCAAGCAAAGCUCCAGCCCCACGCCGAUAAACCCUGCCACGCCGUUUUCCAUGGGAACCACAGAGGAGAACACAGUAAACAACGCUCGCGAGCAACUCAAUCAGAUAAAGAACCACAUCGAGAAGAACGCAUCUAAUGGCAGCCUGCCUGGGAAAGAGCACCACUGCGAAGACAAGAACACAGUAAAUGCCAAAAUCAGGACGCAUUUCUCGGAAUCCGCCAGACUAGGGGACGAGGACUCUAACUCCAACAAGCGGCUUCAAAAGGCACGAUUUCCGCAUCAGCCCGCCUACAUGCUGGUAGACCGAGACGACAGGCUAAGCUCCAACGGCACGGACGUAAAAAACCCGCACUGGGCGAACAAACGAGACAACAGAGACCUGGAGUCACAGCACAGGGUCCCGGAUUCACAGCACAGAGACCUGGAGACACAACACAGCUUGCACAAAAUGGACUAUAUCGUAUAGCGAUCGCGAGGAGCAGUUGAUAACAAUCGCGACUGACGUAACUGCCGCAGAACGUCAUGAAAGGUCAAAGGAUAGCGAAGGUGGACCGUAUUUGCUUUGAUGUCGGUCCUACGUGUUUUGCGGGCGGGUGAUUCUCACGGUGCAGUGCGCCACAGACUGGUCAUUGCGAAUUUUUGUGCAUCAGUGUCAAAAGAAAUUUACUUUUUGAAGAAACAAAAAAUGAGAACGAGAGCGUAUUUGGCCAAAAGCCGCUUAAUUGGGUUAAUCUCACAAAAAUAUGUCCAGAUUAGAUUUCACUCUAAAAUUCGAAAUAAAAAAUGAUCAUAUUACACUUCAAGACAAUGAAGCCUAUUUUUGUAUUUUUUGCAUUGUGACAUUAUUAUGGUGACGUUAUUUUUAUGACAAUUAUCCAUUUUGAGUUUAAAUUUCCAUUUUUCUCAAUGGUAAUUCUCAUAAUCUCACAUCUUACUGUUUAAAAAAAUGUAUUUGAUUAAAAAAAUAUAUAGAAUAAUUAAAACGUAGAACAACAGAUACUAAAAUGAGAUAUAUAUAUAUAUUAGAGGUAGACCGAUAUAUCGGUUUUACCGAUUAAUCAGUGGCGAUAGUUGCUUUUUGGAACUAUCGGUUAUCUGAAAAAAUCUAUGCCGAUAGUUGCCGAUAAUUUUUUUAUGCCUCCAUGUUCCUUUGAUAAUUACGUUUUUUUCAAUUGAAGCGAGGGCAUGCAAAGAAAAAUGUGACUGUCGAAACAUCCCUCCUCAGCACAUACUUCAUAUAUUUGAAUAAUAAUAAUAUAUAAUAUAGUAAUAAGUUUGGUAAUUAUUAAAAAUAGAGCAUUGUAACGGAGCCAAGUCUCCGUAAUUUAAAAAUAAGAGUCCCUGUGUUUCAGUGUGUUUCAGGCUUGUUUAGUGUUAAAUGUCCCAUGUUAUGCACCCAAUCUUCUUUUUUCUGAUUAUUAUUGGUUGAAAAAUAAACUACAUAUGGGAUUUUAUUCAUUUUGCACUCUGGCCUCUAUGUAUGUGCUGACUAAGAUUUUUUAAAAAUAUUCUAUUAAUUAAUUUUACAUACAAUCGGCCGAUUAAUCGGUUAUCGGCAUUUUCCAGCACCUUAGCUAUCGGUAUCAGCAAAAUCGGUCAACCUCUAAAAUAUAUCACUAAAAAUAAAUCAUUAUUUUUUCACAUUACGUUAAUAAGAAUGAGAUUUUUCCAUCUAUUACGUUAAUGCAAAUGUGCUUAAUUGUCAUAAAAAUAAUGUAAAAAAUAAUUAUUAUUUUCUUCAUGCAAAUUAUGAUUUUACUUUUUUUCUUUUGGUUUUAGGGUCAAAUAUUUGACCUGGGCAUAUUCUUGGCUGUUUUUGUGAGAUUCACUCCUAAUUGUUUUACUGAACUGCAUGUGCAAACUGUAUUAGCACAUGCUAUUUCUUUAGUCGUUUGUUUAUUCUGUAGAACUUGCACCACAAAUAGCAAAAAUGCUUGUGAAUCAGUUCCAAAAAUUGAGGCUUGAAGAUUGUAUUUAACUCCCAUUUAUUAGGUUUACGACUGGACUCUAUUUCCCCGCUUUUGCCAACAGUUCAUUUUUAUUUAUUCUGUUCUUUUUCUACACUCUUUUUUAUGCAUUCAAGGCAGGCAGGUCAUGCUUAGAAGUUACUGUCUAUAUGAAGAAAUUAACUGUCUAUGUAGAUUGUUGUCGAUGUUGUAUAGAUCAUUUUGUACAUAUUUUCGAAUUAAUCACUAUGUAUAUUUGAUUUAUUAACUUAAUAAUCAAGAGCCUAUCAUUUGUUUUUAUUUAUAUACAUUGUUUAGGUUUGAGAAUGUGACAGCUUGUGUCCGACCUUUGUAUUUUUGGAUGGAAAAUAUUGUCUUUUAUUUCCUGAAUGCCAAAAGAAUCGUUUCUUUUGAAAAAUAGGGUGUGUUAAUUUGUGUCUGGAUCUGAAAUACAAUGUGCAAUGUCUGUUUCAGAAAACAUGUGCAUGGCUUGUUUUUGUAAUGUCCUGGGACGUAGACUAGAUGGAUGUUUUCUAUCUAGUUUUGAUACACACUUGUCAUGAUUUUAAAACCAUUCCUACACUUUUUCUUUUUUUUUAAGUAUAUUCUAUCCUCAUAGCUAUGUUCAAACUGAAUGUCAGUGUUGAAUGAAAUUGGCAACCCUGGAUAUUAAAAACUUGGUAUCUAAUAAAACAGUAUUUAAAUCAACUGUAACCAAAUGCCUAAAGGGAAAGAAACAGUAUUAGAAGUGCAAUGUUUGCCAGAACAGUUAUAUGAAAUAUGAAGAAAACAGAAUUGAAUGUCAUAAGUGGGAUAAAAUGAAAGCAAAAUAAUUUUAGGAGGCCAUUUUUAUUCAAAGCAAUGUACAAUACAGAAGGACUGUAAUCUUCUGCUGCAAUCUUUGUUACUACUGCCAUGUUUUCCUGUUCUUUGUUGAAUUUGUUGAAUUCUUUGUUUUUCUUUUGUUAUUCUAAAAAAAAAAAAAAAACUCCUCUAAAGCAGAACUUUCCUGAUGUUUUGUCAAAUCAUUCUCAAUUUCAUGCAGUUGUUUACAUUUGGAUCCCUUAAAUAAAAUUUCACUUAAUGUUUUGAACUUAAGAA